AAUGCGAUCCAAAAUACUUACUUUUCAUAAUGCUGUUAUUGAGUGUAAUUACAAUAUCAUUGCUCUCACAGAGACUUGGUUGAGUGAUGAUAUUUCGAAUGCUGAAAUCUGCAAUAAUAAUUAUGACGUUUAUAGAAAGGAUAGAGAUAAAAUCUGUACGGAUCUGUCUAGAGGAGGUGGAGUGCUGAUUGCUGUCAUGAGUAAUUUAAAGAGUAGGCAAAUAUCUCUUGCAAAUUCCUCGGGUUUAAUUGAACAGAUAUGUGUGUGCGUAAGCUUACCUUACAAUUUAAACGAAAUAAGUAUCUAUAUUUUUAAUUCAUAUAUUCCUCCAAAAUCGAGUUUUGAUAUUUAUACUGCUCAUAUAAACAAUAUUAGUGAAAUUGUAAAAACAUUAGAUUGUAAUUCAUACGUGGUAGUCUUAGGUGAUUUUAACCUUAGUAAAGUAAUCUGGAUGUAUUCUGAGGACGAUAAAGCUCUUCUUCCAUAUAAUGUUGUGAAUGAAAAUGAAACAUUGUUAUUAGACACCAUGUCAGCUUUAAAUUGCAUACAAAUGAAUAAUGUUGUUAACUCCAUCGGUAGAAUUUUAGAUCUUGUUUUUGUGCAAGAAGACCUUGAAAUUGAUUUAACAGAAGAAGCUUUUCCUCUUUUAAAUAAUUGUAUUCAUCAUAAAGCCUUACGCUUUGAAUUAAAGUGCCUAAGAUUUUAUAAUUUUGACUGUUCCAAUCAAGAAAUAGAUUAUAAGUAUGACUUUGCCAAGGCCGAUUACAUUGGUAUAAAUAACUUUUUAAACAGCGUAGAUUGGAAUGUGGUCUUAUGUUUCCAGGACUUAGAAAGAAAUUAUAAGACUUUUCAAAACAUUAUAUAUGAAGCUUUUUCUUCCUAUAUUCCUGUUAAACGGAUGAAGAAAAAUAAUAAGCCCGUUUGGUUUACAAAAAGCUUAUCGAGAUUAAAGAACACAUUGAACAAAACAUAUAAAAUGAGUAAGGUUGGUUCAGGUUUUCGAAGCGAAUAUUGCCGUAUACGUAGAGAAUACGACUUUCUUAAAAAGUUCUUAUACAAGCAAUAUGUAUGGUCCUUGGAAUCAAAUAUCAAAAGUAACUCAAAGUGUUUUUGGCAAUACAUAAACUCUAAGCGCAAAUCUGUUGGUAUUCCGGCUUAUAUGACCUAUAAAGGUAUUGGUAGUAGUGAUCUCAAUAAAAUAUGUAAUCUGUUUGCGUCAUUUUUUCGAUCUAAUUUUAGAUCUAAUCCAGCUCAUUCGGAACUGAACUAUAAUAUGCCGACUAUAAUUGAUAUGGGUUACAUAUAUAUAUCAGAAGAAGAAAUUCUUUCUGCACUCGGCAAAUUGGAAAAUAGUGAUUAUGAGAGUAAGAUAAAGAAAAUAGUGCAAAAUGAUGUCGAUAAGAAGGAAAACGAAUGA